GGCUACCCGGAACACAUAGAGAUUGGAAGCCACGUUGACAACGAAGUGAUGUUUUGUUUCAUUCCAAAACCGGUGAAAUAACGGUAACUGCACCGGUGUGUCUGUCCAGCGGCCAAAAGGGUUGAAAAUCGUACAGAAGGACAAGCCACUUCACCGGAAAGAUGAGUGUAGGAUUCAUCGGAGCGGGCCAGCUGGCUCACGCGCUGGUGAAAGGGUUCACAUCUGCGGGUGUAAUAGCUACUCAGAGAAUCAUAGCCAGUUCUCCAGAUACUGAUCUGCCUACUGUUGCUGGCCUGAGGAAAAUGGGUGCUAUCCUCACCACCAGUAACAAGGAGGUGGUGAACAAGAGUGAUGUCCUGUUCUUGGCGGUCAAACCCCACAUCAUCCCCUUCGUGCUGGAUGAGAUUGGACCAGACAUAGAGGACAGACACCUUAUAGUGUCCUGUGCUGCAGGAGUCACCAUCAGCUCUAUAGAGAAGAAGCUGCUUCAGUACCGUCCGUUCCCCAAGGUGAUGAGGUGUAUGACCAACACCCCCGUCGUGGUGAGAGAGGGAGCUACAGUCUACGCUACAGGAACACAUGCUGAGGUGGAGGAUGGUAAGUUGUUGGAACAGCUGAUGGCCAGUGUUGGGUUCUGUACAGAGGUGGAGGAGGACCUUAUCGAUGCCGUCACCGGCCUCAGCGGCAGCGGCCCCGCCUACGCGUUCACAGCUCUGGAUGCUCUAGCCGAUGGAGGGGUGAAGAUGGGUCUACCCAGGAGACUAGCGGUCAGACUGGGAGCUCAGGCACUACUGGGAGCAGCUAAGAUGUUGUUGGACUCUGAGCUGCACCCUGGCCAGCUGAAGGACAAUGUGUGUUCCCCUGGGGGAGCCACCAUCCACGCCCUGCACGUGAUGGAGAGUGGCGGAUUCCGCAGUCUGCUCAUCAACGCCGUGGAGGCUUCUUGUAUCAGGACACGGGAGCUGCAGUUCCUAGCGGACCAGGAGCGCAUCUCCCCGGCAGCCAUUAAGAAAACCACCCUGGACAAGGUCAUGCAGCAGCCUGGGGUCAGCCAGGGGUCAGGGGUCAACGGCAAGCCAGGACUCAGCCUCAGGAGAAACCCCCCAGGACCUGUCAAGAAGAACAACUGAGAUGGACACACACACACACACACCUAUAACGCCAGGCCUCAGGAGAAACCCCCCAGGACCUGUCAAGAAGAACAGUGGAUGGAUGGACACACACAUAUACACUCUCACUCACUCACACACAGAAUUUGGAAAUGCAGCUUGUACAGACCCAUAGCCUUGGUCUGACAGGGUGUCUGUGUACACACACGUGAACAGAAAUGCAUGUACAACAUGCCGCCAGUCUACCUUGUCUCCAGUCUGUCUGAGGAUAUGUGUCUCUGUGGUGAUAACGACCCAAUGGGCCAAAACAUCAGUGAAUAUUUCAGAUAGAAAUGCAAUGCAUAGAGCUGACAUGAUUCCUUAUUCUGCAUGACAGAGGAAUCUGUUCUUUGCAAUUCAUUUCUUUCUGAGCGUUUCUUUUUAAUGUUUCCCCUGCAGCUGAAGCAGGCAACAGAUGGCUUCAGUGAUGGCUUUUUUUGCCUGGUGACUCAAACUGAAUUCUUCCCACUGCUCUGUUCACUGCACACGUUGAAGUUGUUUGUGGUGAUGUCAUAAUGAAGGGUGUUGAUCCAAUCGCUGAUGACUUUUGUACAUCUCGAACCAAUCAGAGCAUCAAAGCCAAUGACACAUUUUUUUAAACGCCUCUUUACUCACGUGUGCUUUGGCUCUGGCCCAACCCAUUGGUUUCUGGGACGAAUCGGAACAUUUAUGUGUUUGUGUUUGGGAAAAUCGUCAAGGGGGGUACUCCGAUCCAGACUCAUUUCUGAAAAGAAACGCUGUGGCCUAGCGUUUUCACGGGAGCAAGGAGUUUGGGUACCUAGGCAAGCCAUUUCUAAGGUAGUGUCCCAAAUUGCACCCUAUUCUCCCCCUCCCCAAUAGGGGUCAAAGGUAGUGCACUAUAAAGGAAACAGGCUGCCAUUUGUGAUCCACUCCAAGUGUACUAUACAGACAGUUACAAUGUAUUUUAAAUGAAGCCAGAUAACGCCAUGAAAACCCUUUUAUUUUGUUUGUUGUGAUUUUCUUGUCAUUAUUUUUGACCCACAGUGUUAUUUUAUGGACUGACUGAACAACAAUUGUUUUGAGAAUUUGAGUUGUUUUUGUUUUGUAUAUAUUCUAUUGUCCGUAUGUUGCGGUCACCAUCAGGACAACAAAUGAACACUAGCCACCAGACAAAUGAACACUAGCCACCAGACAAAUGAACACUAGCCACCAGACAAAUGAACACUAGCCACCAGACAAAUGAACACUAGCCACCAGACAAAUGAACACCAGCCACCAGACAAAUGAACACAAGCCACCAGACAAAAUGAACACCAGCCACCAGACAAAUGAACACCAGCCACCAGACAAAUGAACACCAGCCACCAGACAAAUGGACACCAGCCACCAGACAAAUGGACACCAGCCACCAGACAAAUGCUGGUAAAAGGUCUGGGUGACUGGUAAAUUUUUCAAUCCAUGAGUCACAAUGGCUGGCACGCCAAAAAUAUAUUUUCAGGCGCUGGUCACCAUCAUUAGUUUCUAAACCUCUCUACUGUGUGAGAAUGUGGGUCGCCAGGUCAAAGCAGGCCCAUUGUUUACAUGGUGUGACCUUUUAACUCCGGAAAGGUUUCUCUCACAGGGUCAGGUACAAGGUCAAUGCAAGCUUUGUCACUGCUCACCUGCUUCUUCCUCAAAGUUCCUGUUUGUAUUGUUCCAUGUCAGAUGACCUCUGUCUCCGGAGGAAACCAUGGAUCUAAAAACACACCGAAAUCAUCAUCAUGUGGGUUCAUCUGGCAUCUGCAUAGAUUACCAGAACUUAACCAUACCUGGAGACGUGUUCAACAUCUCAGUAACCACAGCAACGUGAUGUAACAAUCUGAUCAUCUGCAUAGAUUACCAGAACUUAACCAUACCUGGAGACGUGUUCAACAUCUCAGUAACCACAGCAACGUGAUGUAACAAUCUGAUCAUCUGCAGACACAUUCUGUCUAUCUGUUAAGUGAGGAAGACUCAUCCUUCAGUGAAGAAGAUGCUUCCAUGUUAUGAUCUGUCUCUCUAAAAGGGAACGUGGUAUUUAACCUUCUAGUGCUAGUAUACCUACUUUAUAUCCAUCGUCAUUCACUUUACCAUGGAACUAUUCAUGUGUAUGUUUUGAUACUGAUUAUGGAGAAUGUGUAUGGUCAAUUACCAAAGGCUCUGUCCUAAAUUGUAUAUUGAGUUAGCAUAUGGAAGUGAAAGGAGGCGAGUUGAGGAAGCUACCUACCAUAGAGUAUUGGGAUGCAGCCCAGCUCUAGCUGUUCAGUUAUUUCAACUCAGCAUCUGCAGACACAGAGGAAGUCACAGUAUAGUACGUGGACGUGUCCCCCUCCCCCCUGUUGCCUUGACAAGUACGGUUCUACAGAUGUCAUCGCCCGUCAUCGUCACAUACUCACCGAGGGACAGACGGGGUAAAGUUUCAACCCCUGUGCCCCCACGGAUACAAAUAGACAUUUGUGAAGAGUGUCUGUGUACCAAAUGGCACCCUAUUCCCUACAUGGUGCUCUAUGGGUCCUGGUCCAAUGUUGUCUACUAUACAGGGAAUGGCACCCUAUUCCCUACAUAGGGCUCUAUGGGUCCUGGUCCAAUGUUGUCUACUAUACAGGGAAUGGCACCCUAUUCCCUACAUAGGGCUCUAUGGGUCCUGGUCCAAUGUUGUCUACUAUACAGGGAAUGGCACCCUAUUCCCUACAUAGUGCUCUAUGGGUCCUGGUCCAAUGUUGUCUACUAAACAGGGAAUGUGGUGGCAUUUGGGAGUCAGGAUGCAGACAGUUUUUCCCUCGCUGCCAUAGAUACGGAUUCUGAUUGGUUGGCGAGGGAGGAAACGAGACACCGGUUUUAGAACACUGUCGGCAAUAAGAAGGUGGGUGACAUCUCAGGUCCAGGAGAGGUUCUGGUCAGGGUGGAUGUGGCAUUCUAUUCCCUAUAUAGUGCAACACUUCUGACUAGGGCCCAUAGGGCUGUGGUCAGGGGUGGAUGUGGCAUUCUAUUCCCUAUAUAGUGCAACACUUCUGACUAGGGUCCAUAGGGCUGUGGUCAGGGUGGAUGUGGCAUUCUAUUCCCUAUAUAGUGCAACACUUCUGACUAGGGCCCAUAGGGCUGUGGUCAGGGUGGAUGUGGCAUUCUAUUCCCUAUAUAGUGCAACACUUCUGACUAGGGUCCAUAGGGCUGUGGUCAGGGUGGAUGUGGCAUUCUAUUCCCUAUAUAGUGCAACACUUCUGACUAGGGCCCAUAGGGCUGUGGUCAGGGGUGGAUGUGGCAUUCUAUUCCCUAUAUAGUGCAACACUUCUGACUAGGGUCCAUAGGGCUGUGGUCAGGGGUGGAUGUGGCAUUCUAUUCCCUAUAUAGUGCAACACUUCUGACUAGGGCCCAUAGGGCUGUGGUCAGGGUGGAUGUGGCAUUCUAUUCCCUAUAUAGUGCAACACUUCUGACUAGGGCCCAUAGGGCUGUGGUCAGGGUUAGAUGUGGCAUUCUAUUCCCUAUAUAGUGCAACACUUGUAACUAGGGCCCAUAGGGCUGUGGUCAGGGGUGGAUGUGGCAUUCUAUUCCCUAUAUAGUGCAACACUUCUAACUAGGGCCCAUAGGGCUGUGGUCAGGGGUGGAUGUGGCAUUCUAUUCCCUAUAUAGUGCAACACUUCUAACUAGGGCCCAUAGGGCUGUGGUCAGGGUGGAUGUGGCAUUCUAUUCCCUAUAUAGUGCAACACUCCUGACUAGGGCCCAUAGGGCUGUGGUCAAAAGUAGUGCACUAGGAAAUGUGGGUGCCAAUGAGCAUGCACAGACUGGCUCUUGGGGUUACCCAACAUCAACUAAUCUACUUUUUGGAGGGCACAUUGAUAUUUAAGUUGUUAUGAGGGUGCCCAGCCCUCCUGCAAUUCAAAUCAUGGUUAAUUUCCUGCCUUAUUUCUCUCCUUUAUACUCUAAACUUUGAAGUCAAACUAAAAGAAAGUCAUCCAAGUUCAUUUACUUCUACAAUAACUUUUAUAUUGCCUUCAACAAUAAUACAGGACUCAGGCCAAUUGUUUGUUUGCCUCUGAAAUAUUAAUGCAGAAGACCAUGUUGUGUGUGAAUUGUCCUCCACGGCAGAUCCAUUGUAAAGUCUGGAGUCUGAAUAGACUAACUACUUUACAAGGCACCAGGUGUAGAAGGUGAUGGCGAUAUGCAAGAAAACCGUCGAGACAAGCGGCAGUCGAGAUAAAUUUUCCCCAAUCACAGUUGAACAAUACUAACCGCUUGUAGCCUACAGGAUUACCAUAGCUAGAUUCCGGUUAAAAAGUGGCCUUUGAUUAAAGUGUGUGUGUGUGUGUGUAAAAAAAAAUAAAGGCCUUGAUUAAAA